AUGAUUUGGUCCACUUCAAGACCUGAAAAUGUUGAUAAGAUGGUGAAUUUGAUAUUUGGAGAUCAAAAAGAAAAGCUAGUUGCUGUUUGGGCCCGUGAUAAAUUUGGAUUUACAAACGAAGAAUAUGAAAGGGAUACUAAAGCCAUAAAAGAUUUGGAUAUUAUUUGGAAAGCUUUGAAUUCCCAAACCGAAAGCCCAACUAAGUUCAUGUUGGAUCCUACGAAUACAAUUUUAAUUGAUGAUUCUAGAUACAAGACUCAAUUGCAACCUUUCAAUGCAAUCCAUCCUCGUGGAUUUGAUCGCGAACGAGUACGUGAAGGCGGAGAUUCCGAAUUAACGAUGAUUAUCAAAUAUUUGGAGGUGGUAAAACAUCAAAGUAACGUUGCUGCAUACAUGAAAGACAAUCCAUUUACUGAUCGUAUACAAUAA